UUUGACAUCUCUCUUGUUCACCAUCAAGAUACCGCCUUUCGUCAUCAAGUUCCACAUACAUUAUCAGGCCGAUCAUAAAUUAUUGUCUCACGCUAGGAUUAUAAUAUGUCGUCGUAUUGCAAGUCAGCAACCUCAGAUUACGUCCUGUUUCACGAUUCUUACGCCAGAUCAAACUAGCUAGAUAUAACAGGCAUGAAGAAUGAGAAGAGCUCCAAACAUUAUAUAUAUUGCGGAUGACAUUCUCCGUUCUCAGUAUUCGUAAGGAAGGUUGUUGAUGAGUUCAAAGAGCAAUGGAGAAUCCUUUCACCACCCCUGGUAUCGAGUUAAAUCCAAUAGAAAAGUUGGAUUACUUUAUGUUCGGAUGGAUCGAUUACGCACUCUUCAGCCUGUUACUGCUCGUCAGCGUCCUCAUCGGCGUGUAUUUUGCCUUCUUCAGCAAGCAAGAUAGCACGACGGAGUAUCUUCUGGGCGGUAAACGCAUGGGAUGCUUCCCUGUCGCAAUGAGCAUCAUCGCUAGCCACAUCUCGGGAAUUACCUUGCUGGGCAUACCUGCGGAAGUCUUUCAUCAUGGGACACAGUAUACCGCAUGCGUGAUCACGUCGAUCCUCACCGCUGUGAUCACUUCCUACAUUUUCCUACCAGUAUUUUACAAACUGCAAUUAAACAGCACUUUCGAGUACCUGGAAGUUAGAUUCGCUAGGCCAGUCAGAAUCCUCUCCUCGAUACUGUUCACCAUUUCACUCUUCAUGUACGUGCCCAUUGUCAUCUAUGUGCCCGCUAUCGCCUUUGCGCAAGUCACCAAUCUCAGUGUUCACAUGAUAACGCCGGUACUUUGCAUCGUGUGCAUCAUUUAUACCAGCAUUGGUGGUCUAAAAGCGGUUGUAUGGACGGAUACUAUACAGUUUUCCGUGACUAUCGGAGGUCUGUUCGCGAUUCUCGUGCUGGGAAUAAAGUCUGUGGGCAGCGUUGAAAAAGUGUGGAGAAUUUCCGACGAAGGCGGUCGUCUUAUUUUCUUCAACAUGGAUCCAAGCCCAUUCGCAAGAAACACUUUCUGGGGCAUGCUUGUAGGCAUGACAGCAACGUGGCUCGGUCAUCUCGCUAUUCAUCCGGGUACUGUGCAGCGAUUUCUGUCAGUGCCUAGAGAAAUCGAUGCCAAGCACGGCACCGUGAUUACUGCGAUAGGACUAAUCAUUGUCAAACUGAUCAGUGUGUUCACUGGAUUAAUAAUGUUUGCUAAAUAUCAUGACUGUGAUCCUUUCCUGACCAAGGCAAUAAGCCGCACCGAUCAGACCUUACCGUACUACGUGAUGGACGUCGCUGGACAUCUACCAGGACUUCCAGGAUUAUUCCUGGCGGGCCUGGUGAGCGCCGCGCUUGCAACUAUGAGCGCCAGUUUGAACACCGUCUCCGGUACUAUUUAUGAGGAUUUUAUAAGUCCGUGGAUCCCGGAUAGCCCCAAGAAGGAAGCUAUAGCUGCUAAUAUUAUGAAGAUCAUUGUUUUGGUAACCGGUGCAAUUUCGGUUGGCUUGGUAUUCCUGGUCGAGCAAUUGGGCCCGGUCUUUCAGAUAGCUUUGAGUACACGUGGCAUGACUGACGGACCUUUGCUGGGUCUCUUCGCACUAGGAAUACUGGUACCUUGGGCGAACACGAAAGGCGUGCUAUUGGGUAGCUGUGUCGGUUUAAUUAGUAUGGCUUGGCUAGUGGGAGGCACUCAAUGGCAUAUCAUGCACGGCAGGAUUAAGCAGGAUUCGCUGCCCACAUCGAUGGAUGGUUGCCCGUACCCAUUGAACGAAACCCUUACGACCAUGAUACCGACGCCUGCUUGGAUGGAUCCCGACGAGGAACCAAUGAUGUUAUUUCAAAUAUCCUUUAUGCAUUAUACCAUAAUAGGAGCGGCGAUUGUCGUCGUCGCCGGAACUAUUGCGAGCUAUAUAUUCGGCGUGGAUUUGGAGAGCGUGAAUCCUGAUCAUAUUACGCCGAUUAUGAAAAGGUUUCUUCCUCCACGAAAAUACGCCGAAGUCUCAUUGAGAGAAGUGCCGUCAUUCGACGUCACGCCGGAGAAAACCAAGUGAUCGCGUUCGCUUUAAUC